AUGCGCGCAGAGCUGUCGCCCCGGCUUCCCCAUUUCCAAAUCCCUCCCUUCGCUGUCAUCCUCCAAACUCCGCAUCCAUCCGCCCUGCUUCCGCCCCGACUCCCACCCUCCCCACCGCCCAUCCCCAUCCUCCUCCUCCUCCCCGCCUCUUCUGAUAAAUCCCCGCGCCUCCAAAUCAAUCCUAGCCCCGCGCCUCCUCUCCACCGCGGGUCCCCGUGCGUCCCUCCCUCCCCCGCCCAAACCAAGAACCGCCUCCAAAAUCAAAUCAACGCACCGCGCUAUAACUACAUGCGCAUGGCCCGUGGCGCGCUCCGCGGGACGCCCUCCCUCGACCCACCCACCCGCCCUCGAGUCGUCCUAAAGCCCCACCCAGCCACCUAG